AUGAGCAAGAAGGUGCUGAAGCAGGCCGAGCAGAUCGGGCGGCAGAUCGACGAGAAGAGGGAGGCCGUGAAGGAGGCGGCGGAGGAGCUGGAGGCCAAGGCGAGAAAGCUGAAGCCCGUCGCCAAGAGGGCGGUCGACCGCCUGCGGGCGCGCGGCGCCGAGGCCUCCGACGCGGCGCCGAGCCUCCUGCGGCCGGUCGUGGCGCGGCGCCGCGGCAGGAACGAGUCGUACAGGCUGUACCUCUCGCGGCUCGCGAAGGACGUGGACCCCGCCUUCGGCGUGACGCGCGGCGGCCUCGACGCCCUGGACGGCGUGACCUGCGAGCUGUUCGGGCGCCUGGCGGACGCCGCCGCCGUCCUGACGAAGGUGGGGCGGCGGGUGACGCUGGGCGAGCGCGACGCCGAGGCGGCCGUGAGGCUGCUGCUGCGGGGGCGGCUGCGGCGGGAGGCCGAGCGCGACGCCCGCGCCGCCGUCGCGCGCUUCAGGGCGUGGCGGUGA